AAAUUAAUAAAGCGCUCAAAUCAUUGAUUCCUCCGAUACCUUCACAGCGGCAUUGGGAAAUUGCAGCAUGUAAUUGUACCAAGUUUUUGAAAUUGCGUACUAAUCUUUUUAAUAUUAUAGGGUAUUCUGAAAAAAAACAAUUCAUAAAUUCAAGCGCUGAUAACUGUGGUUUUCAAAAUAUAAGUAGAAAAUGGAUGCUAAGUGAAGAAAUGAAGCGAUUUAGUGAAAUCGCACAUAUGAAGAGAAUUGAACUUAUUAAAGCGAAACUAAUUAACAAGACAGCAUUAGAUAUUUGGCAUCCAAUACCUAUAAC